AUUUUAUAACAGAUCGUCGUUACAUUUUUUUUAUUUUUAACAGAUGGGAAACAAAUAGUAGGUAGGCUAGGCUCCUUUUUUGAGUGUUUUUUUUUAUUUUUUUUUAUUUUUUUAAAUCGUCGUUACAUUGUUGAUGAUGGUUGUGGUGUGGGUGGGUGACUGGGUGAUGGAUAAUGAGGUUGGUGGCGGUGGAGAGAUGUUGGGAAGUGCUUGGAUGAUGUUGGAUGGUUGGAAAAGUAAGAGUUAAUUCGACCUUUUUAUCAUUAAUCACAAGUAAUCGGUAAAGAGUAACAAUAUGAGGAAGCGAGGAACAAAUAAUUAUGGAUCUUUGUCACGAAGUCAUAGUACACGUGGAUGUAAAUUACUUUAGUUGUUAAAGUCUUAAAGGUGAUACCCAAAACUUGUGAUUUAAUCUCUUCUACAUCACUAUCUUUACAACCAUCCUAAUCUCCUAAUAAAAAAACAAAGGUUUAAAACAAUUAUUUGGCAGAAUUCAAACUCCAAACCCGUACGAUUAACACUUUAUUGGUUCGCGAUAAUUAAUUGCGGCCUUGUGGGUGGAUAUCAAAUUACUCCGUAUGACCUCAUUAGUUCCCCACCCUUUAACAAAAAAAUUCACUAGUCACAACACAAACGAGAGAAGGAAGGCGCAGCAAUGAGCUUGGCACUGAUCCAAAGCUACUCUUCCGCAGAAGAAGACGAACAACAAGAAUCAAAUCAUCACUACCACAAUUUCUCCGACGAAGAUGAUGACUCUGAUUCCGACAACAACGCCGCCGUUUCACGCAUUCCCUCCUCUUACCGCCCUGUUGCCGCCCCUAAAUCUUCUCACGACUCAGCUCUUCCCUCUGCCCUCGACGCUUUCUCCGAAGUAAUUAGGCCACCUCAGUUUCUUAAUAAUUGCGUAGAAGAUCAGAGUGUGAGAAGAGAUGUUGUUGUUCAUCGAGGUCGCAAGAAAAGCAGAGACAAGAAAGAUCUGCCUACAGGUGCUGUGGUGGAAGCCAAGGCCCAUAUAGUUGGCAUUCGUGAACGAGUAAGGAGUGAUGUUGAGGGUAAUGUUCCCUCUACUGAUUCAACGCAGCCUCAGAAACCACCCACUGCUACUAAAACUGAUGAUGGCUCUCAACCAAGGAUGUGCUUGCAAUGCGGUAUACCCUUGACUUACUCCAGUGCCCUUGGGAUGAUUUGUCCUGUAUGUCCAUUAGAUGACUCAAAGAAGAAGGGAUCAACCGUUAAAGAUAAAGAGAAAAACAAGCGAUUGAAAGGCCAGUCUUCUCAUGCUAGUUGGAAAAGUGAGACAGAGAUGCACCUCAGGCAGCAAUUUGAUUAGCAGAUUUGAAGGAACAAUUCUGCUGGCAACAUACAUCAGUGAAAGCUUAGCAUAGCCGCCUGUUUUUUAUUUCUUCCAGAAAUUAGUGUUAUGACUAUUGUAUGAUGUUAGUUAAAUUCGAAGAUCUUUCUGGAAGGAAUUGCAACUGUGUUUAUGCUUGUAUCAUGUGUAUGAUGAUUGUGAUCACGCUCAUUAGAAUCCAAGAUUCCAAUUCUAAUUCCAACUCCCCUCCCCAAGACCCAAAUUUAUGUGGGAAAAAUCUUUUCUCUGUUAUAAAUUUAAGAUCAAGUUCAAUUGGUAUUCUGAAGUUGGAGAA